UGAGCAACGUCGGCGCAUCGCCGACUCGAAGGAAAAGCCGGCCACCCACCCUGUCGCCGCAACGAGGGCCAGGCCCUCAAUUGACAACUGAAGAAUAUGCUCUCUUUUAUCCCAUUUUUGGACGCGUGACCCCGUCGCCGGAGAUAGUUGCCUUCGCGGAUUAUGUAUUUGGGGUUCGACGAGAUGCCAAAAAUAACGACAAUAAGAAUGCAACUCGCAACAAAGCGGCGUCCAGCGAGCAAGAGGACAGCGGCGAACUAUUGCGGCCGAAAGGGGCAAAUAUACAUGCCAAUAUUGGUUUCGAACAAUAUUGGCCAGGGGGAGAUUGGGUGUACAGGAAGGCGGAGUUAGAACGCUGCAACACCACCGAGUACUGCGGUAUAUUCAGCAAGGAAAAAAUAUGUGCAGGCAAUCAUGAUUUGACCGCACAUCAUACAUUUGAAAACUUCUGCGAAAUGCAAGACGCGAAUUGCCGGGACGGCACUGUCACGGUGUACACCGAGUCAGCGGUGAAUGAGAAUGUAACGUGGUUCCCCGUGACCACGUCGGGGUUCAUUGACAUGAAAAUAGCGACGAGAGGACCGUGCUGGAUCGUGCUCGCGCGGAGCAGGAGUAUCGGUUCCAGAUUUAAGAGGAUGUUCUAUUACGGAUUUGGGGAAGAACAGUAUGACCGCACGUACUAUGGUAUAGUGGCGCUAUUAAAGGACGAGGAGGAAGGUCCAUGGGAUGAGCGAAAGAAGUUGGUGCACGCGAGCUACUAUAGAGGAAAAUAUAAAUAUGAUUCAGCUCAUAUUAAUCACACUCAGUUUCUAAGAGAUGGAACCAAAUAUCAGUGGAGACUAACUUGGAAUGAAACCACUGGGUCUGUCCUGUUUGACAUGAUCCUAAGGGACGGCACGACGUUUGUUCCCCCAAACGGAAGAUUACAACACUCCUCCGCUGAAUAUGCAUACCCCGUAAGAUACAUCGGGCUGGCGGGCGGCAACGCCAGUUACCCCACCUGGUGGGAGCUCACGGGCCCCGGCAACCCCAGAGGUUACCUGAUGGCGUACCGCGGCAGGUGCCGCGAGGACAUUCAGCCGCUGCCGACGGAGCCGCCCUCUAAUCUGCGCGACGAUUUAGACAUCAACAUGUACAAUUUCGCGGAGCGCAUGGACGAGUUCGGCUACAACUUCUCGCGCGCCUACAGCACCCCGGCAAAGAGAUAAUUCUCUAAUAAAAUAUUUAC